AUGGGGUAUCCAAACGUGUUUCCUGUAGUCAUAACAUUGCUUUUUCUUAUGAGCAUGCAUGCAAAUGAGGCUGGCAGAAUCUUGCUUGGAGGAGAGAAAGAAUUGAUGAACAAAAACUCAAUUAACCAAAGGGCUAUUGUGGGUGGUCACAACAUGGUUUCUUUACAAGGCAUGUUACCAAGGGGUCCAGUCACACCAUCUUCACCCAAUCCAGGCACUCACAUUCCUGCUUCAACAAUUAACGAAAGAGCCUUUGCGGGUUACUAUUUGGAUUCCAUACAAGGUUCACUACAAAAGGGUCCAACCCCACCAUCAACUCCAAAUCCAGGCACCCACAUUCCUGCUUCAACAAUUGGCCAAAAGGCCUUUGGAGGCCACAAUAUGGCUCUUUUCAAAAGCUCACUAAAAAAGGGUCUUGUCCCUCCAUCUGGACCUAAUCCACCCACACACAUCCCAUCUUCAUCUACAACAAAUUCAGGCACCCACAAUAUUCCAGCUUCAACAAUUAGUGGAAGGGCUUUUAAAGGGCACAAUAUGGCUCUUUUCAAAAACUCACUACAAAAGGGUCCAGUCACACCAUCUACACCAAAUCGAGGCACCCACAUUCCUGCUUCAACAAUUAGCCAAAAGGCCUUUGGAGGCCACAAUAUGGCUCUUUUCAAAAGUUCACAAGCAAGGGGUACUGUCCCUCCAUCUGGACCUAAUCCACCCACACACAUCCCAUCUUCAUUUACAACAAAUUCAGGCACCCACAAUAUUCCAGCUUCAACAAUUAGUGGAAGGGCCUUUGCGGGUUACUAUUUGGAUUCCAUACAAGGUUCACUACAAAAGGGCCCAACCCCACCAUCAACUCCAAAUCCAGGCACCCACAUUCCUGCUUCAACAAUUGGCCAAAAGGCCUUUGGAGGCCACAAUAUGGCUCUUUUCAAAAGCUCACUAAAAAAGGGUCUUGUCCCUCCAUCUGGACCUAAUCCACCCACACACAUCCCAUCUUCAUCUACAACAAAUUCAGGCACCCACAAUAUUCCAGCUUCAACAAUUAGUGGAAGGGCUUUUAAAGGGCACAAUAUGGCUCUUUUCAAAAACUCACUACAAAAGGGUCCAGUCACACCAUCUACACCAAAUCGAGGCACCCACAUUCCUGCUUCAACAAUUAGCCAAAAGGCCUUUGGAGGCCACAAUAUGGCUCUUUUCAAAAGUUCACAAGCAAGGGGUACUGUCCCUCCAUCUGGACCUAAUCCACCCACACACAUCCCAUCUUCAUUUACAACAAAUUCAGGCACCCACAAUAUUCCAGCUUCAACAAUUAGUGGAAGGGCCUUUAGAGGCCACAAUAUGGCUCUUUUCAAAAGCUCACUAGUAAGGGGUACUGUCCCUCCAUCUGCACCUAAUCCACCCACAUACAACCCAUCAAUUAGUGGAAGGGCCUUUGCAGGUCAUCAUUUUAUGGCUCAUUUGCAAGAGUCACUAAAAAAGGGUCCUGUCACUCCAUCUAAACCUAAUCCAGGCACCCACAUCCGUUAA